UCAUCAUAAAGUUUUUUUUAGUUUGAAGUUUCUAGACAGAUAGGAUGCUUCAUAAGGAAUAAGGAUGAGGGACCAGUCCAGUGAGUUCUUCCUCUGAUAUUAAAAAAAUGAAAUUUUGCCUUCUCUACUUAAAAUAUGCCAGAUGGAAGGAAAGAAACUAACCUUAUGAGGUUAUGUAUUACAUAUGGCAGCUACUGCAUUUACUUUAAAGGCAAAAUGCAAACUGGAAAAGCAGCUAUCUGGUAUGCACAGAAUAAAGUAGUUACUUCCAAGUAAAGGAAACAGAAGAUGAAGCAGAAUGGAGAAAGGACUCCCAGUCUAAGGAGAGACCCGAGUUUAAUAUCAACCAAGGUAGUUUAUACGUAUCAAGUAAGUUUCCACAUAGAAGCUCUACUUUUUCUGCCAAGAUGAUUCUCCAGGGCUACACUGGAUAAAAUCAUCUCAAACAAAAUGAAAAGCUACAAGAAAGAAAGAAACAAGUCCCUUCCACUGUCAUUCUCUUUGUGAAUUAACUAGAUGUUUUAACUCCCCUUCUCUUUCACAUCAUCUGGCACAAGAUCCCCAAACACAAUACAUCCAUCCAUUUCACAAAAGAGGAGAAAAAAAGAAUAUUUCAUAUCAGAUGCUUUGCGUCAAGCCUGCUAAGGCUCAUAAAUCUUACUGCCCUGGUCAUUUCAACCAACGUCUGACCCUUUUGUUAACUCAUGAUUUAUAACUGGAAGUUAUUUUCUUUAUGCCAGAUUUAUAAACUUUACUGUGCUUGGUUUGAUAUAAUAUCCAUUUCGUACAUCAAGCUAUAAGACAGUAAAUUUAUUGUCCAUGAGGUGUUACCUUGAAAAAUUACAUCAAUGCAAAGUGGUUUCCAUUUACAAUCAAUAGACAAUAAAUUCAUUGGAUUUCUUUUUUGGGGGGGAGGGAAGGGGUAUGACCAUAUUUAUGAGGUCAUGAGUGGCUAUAUAAUGAGUGAAACAGGGAGCAGAGGCAACAGUCUGGAGUUCCGAAUUACAGGCGUUGACAAGACGAAAUAUAUUCAACAGAGCAACAAUGCAUAAGCUGGUAUUCUGCUGUCUCAUUAUCAUCAGCUUCUCCUGUCCUCUCUUUUCUCUCCCCGUCAUCAACGCCAGCGAGAUGUCUUAUCAACUCCCAGAUGAUGAAGAUUCAAGGCUAAAUCUGGAGCAGCUGGGCAGCUCAGAAAGUACCUCCCUGCCUCAGUUUCUGCAGGAGCUCUUGGGCACACUGGUUGAAGACAAUAAAGCAGGUCUUACCUCCAGCAGCUACAAUCCAAGGAAAAAUAUCAAAGAGACUUUCUAUGGAAAUCACCCACGAAUUGCUCUGCUGGGCCGCUUACUGAUGAAGGACAGGAAGCAGUACAAGAAACGUGGCAACCUUUCUGAAUGCUUCUGGAAAUACUGUGUGUAAACAGAACAAACCUCUCCAGACUUCAGCUGCAUAAUUUAUAUAUAUGUCUAAAACCAUGUACAUAAACUUGCUUGAUUUGAAAUCAGAAUGAAGAAAUUUGAAGAUAGCUCCUAACUUUAGACUCUACACUACCUGGAAAUUAAUAAAUGGUUGAUGUUUUGCAAAUAUUCUGUGAGCAGAGUAGUAUUUUCUUAGUUCAGCACAACCAGAUGAAAGUAAAGGUACUAAAUGAGAGAUAUGUAACACAAUGAGAACUCAGGCAGGAGAAACAUGAUUCUCAUGGGGUCCCAUGACACAUCCCUUUUCUUUCCCCCCCUCUAAAAGUAACCUCAACCACGUAUAAGUUCAGAAGCAAGAGGAAUUUCUCUUUCAUUAUUUGAUCCCUUGAUACAAUUGGAAGUGCUGGGAAGGAGGGGCUCUGAUAAAGCUAGUGAAGGACGGCAGCACAGCUGGUGCCCAGUCCCCUCCUGUCAUUCCUGAGGCAGCCCUUAUAAGAUAAGCACAUGUCAGGAUCAAGUGUCUAUUCCUACAACCUCUGGAAAUAUCACUCACAAAUACAGUUUGAACAAGUCUGUUUCUCAGCAGCAUCUUGACCAGCCCCAGCUGCUUAGGAAAACAUAAUUGCCAGUACAUAACAAAAGCUUUACUAAUUGUAGCUGAACAUUAUCAAGUACAGCAGAAUGUAAACAGUAGUGCUGUCAACAACAGGACUUCGAACUCAGAGUGCAAACUGUCAGUGGAGGAUGAGAAUGAGAUGACUUGACAGCAGAAUUCCAAUACCCAAGGAUAGUGAAGAAAAACUAUUGAAAAGCUUAAACAAGCCCAUUACAGAUGUUCAUGGUGAAAAUGAUAAACUGGGUCUCUUCUCAUUAGAGUGGUGGGCAUGAAAAGGGCUCCCCAGGGCAGGUGCCACAGCACCAAGACUCCUGGCGUUCAAGAAGCAUUAUGGACAGUGCUCUCAGACACAGGGUAUGAGUUUUGAGUGGCCCAGCGAGGAGCCAGAGGUUGUACCUGAUCCUUGAGGGUCCCUUCCAACAUGAGACAUUCUAAGAUUCCUUUGUUUCCUGAGCCCUAGCGUACUUUAUCUCAGUCCCAGGUACAUCCUAAUAGUAUUCGCAAUGAAUAAAGCUAAAGACUCAAGAAUUGUCUCUAGGCAAUAUCAGUCUUCAUGAUACACACCAAUAGUUUGAGCUGCAAAGUCCUACUUUGUUCACUUUGUGCUUCGCAUAAACCUCACACUAAUCAAGGUUCACAAAGCCUUAAUUAAACUUUGCCUACGAUACAUAUAACUGAGAUCAAUGUAGCAUAUACCUCAAAUCUCUACCCAUUCUGCUUAAACAAGGCCUACAGGCUCAGUAUAACUCGUUCACAUCAGAUAAGUCAUAAGAUAGAUGAAGCCAGCUGUAACAAAGAAAAAUGUCCCUACGAAUGCAGAGUAGCUGGAUGCACUGCACGGGUACUUCAAGCCUUCUGAACAUUUGUCUUCCUCUUACACAGUGCAGCAAGUCAGUGUCUGACUGGAAAUUACUCCUUCCCUGCCACCUCAUCAGUCAAUAAAAACCUGUAGGAAAAGGCUUCAAAUUUAUCUAAAUGAAUAACUAUUGAAGAUGAGGCAGGAAAAGGUGUCCAGCUUAUGAAGACUUGAAGAAAAACAACUGUUAAAGCUUAUUUCAGAGUGGCAAACAAACUAAAUAAGAUAAUGAAGAAAAAUAAUAAUGAAGCAUUGCAAGCAUUAAUGAGUUAUCUCCAGUGUCUGAGACCAGGGAGCCUGUCCAGCUCUUGACAGAGAAGCAGCAAACUCAGCUUCCCCCCAGUGCUGCUGUAACUACAGCUCUCGACAGCUUCCACCUCAGGCUUUCCUCCCUACAGGAGUGCAAGGAGGGCACUCCAGGCAAACUGAUCACUUUGGAUCGGCAAAUUGUUUCACUGCAAUUAAGAGCUUUCUUGCUCUAGAAGACACAUCUCUGAUAAUCCAUGAACUGUUUCUGUUUUCUCUAGAACACCAUUUUCAGCAUGGUGAGGCUCAAGUGCUCUCACCGUGUUUAUUAUUUACACUUCUCUAGCAAACUCAGGAAAGACAGAAGUUUUCAACUGUGCACACCAAAGCUGAGCACUUCACACAUCCAGUAAUAAUCCUUUACAUUCAAGGUGUGCGUGCCCUCCUUCCUGGGACGCAUUCAGAAACAAAACAGCAUAUCCUGAAAAACAACGCACAAAA